UCAACGGAUACCCAGUCACAAACCUCGUGCCUCUGGUUGAAAUUGGAUAUCUCAAGUGGGGAGAUGAAGCGUAUCUCCACGCCAUGCCUUUAUUGCGUGCCAUGGCAGAAAAGGAGCGUGACACAAACCAUAACACUAGACCGCUGUCUGACUUCUUUUGUCAAAUGAGCGAAUUGCUUGGAGACAACGAGUUUGUAUGCUAGAGUGCCUCUCCAUUUAUUAUUGUAUCUUUGUUUUUAUUUUCUUUACGUUCAUCAUUGUACAAAUUGUCAUCAUUUUUGUCACGCUCACUACGUCUCUUCUAAAGAAUUGUAAUAUGACCUCACUUUGUCAGCCAAAAUGCUGUCGAGCCGUAAAUACAAUGGCAAAAAAAAAGUUAGGUAUGGGGUAGAAUGCUAUCAUGGUAUAGU